CCGUGGCUUCACGCACACACUGCGGCAGCUUGACGCCGAGAUCAAGGCGGACAAAGAGAAGGGGUUCCGGGUGGACAAGAUCGUGGAACAGCUGCAGCAGUUAAUGCAGGUGUAUGACUUGGCUGCCCUUCGGGAUUACUGGAGCUACCUGGAGCGGAGACUCUUCAGCCGCUUGGAGGACAUAUACAGACCCACCAUCCACAAACUGAAAACCAGUCUGUUUCGCUUUUAUCUCGUCUACACAAUCCAGACUAACAGAAAUGAUAAGGCUCAGGAGUUCUUUGCAAAGCAGGCCACAGAGCUCCAGAACCAGGCCGAGUGGAAGGAUUGGUUUGCCCUGCCCUUCCUGCCAUCGCCAGACACCAACCCCACCUUUGCCACCUACUUUUCACGACAGUGGGCCGACACCUUCAUUGUGUCCCUGCACAACUUCCUGAGCGUCCUGUUUCAGUGUAUGCCAGUUCCUGUGAUCCUGAACUUUGAUGCGGAAUGUCAGAGGACCAACCAGGUUCAAGAGGAAAAUGAAGUUCUGCGUCAGAAGCUUUUUGCAUUGCAAGCUGAGAUCCACCGCCUGAAGAAAGAAGAGCAACAGCCAGAAGAGGAAGAGGCCUUGGUCCAGCACAAAUUGCCUCCGUAUGUCUCCAGUAUGGAUCGACUGGGAGACUCGGAGCUAGCCAUGGUGUGCAGCCAAAGGAACGCCUCCCUGUCCCAGUCACCUCGCGUGGGCUUCCUGUCCUCACUGCUGCCUCAGAGCAAGAAGAGUCCCUCACGGUUGUCGCCUGCCCAGGCCCCCCCUCAGGUUCAGAGCUCAGCCAAGAAAGAGUCCUUCGGUGGUCAGGCCACCAAGGGAAAGGACUCAACAUCUGGACCCAGGGAUGGGAAGAGCCUCCUGAGUGGCUUGGCCACGGGGGAGUCCAGCUGGUCACAGCACCGGCAGCGGCGCCUGCAGGACCAUGGCAAGGAGAGGAAGGAGCUUUUCUCUACCACCACAUCCCAGUGUACAGAGAAGAGGCCAGAAGCUGGUGGCUCUGAGGCAGAGCCCAGCCCAGAGGUGCACGUGGAGCCAGUGGAGCCACUGACCAGGGCUCCCACGGUGGGCCCUGAGGGGGGCGGAGCACGGCCCGAGCAGCCCUUCAUCGUGCUGGGGCAGGAAGAGUACGGAGAACACCACUCAUCCAUCAUGCACUGCAGAGUGGAUUGCUCAGGAAGGAGGGUCGCCAGCUUGGAUGUAGACGGGGUCAUCAAAGUGUGGUCCUUCAACCCCAUCAUGCAGACCAAAGCGUCUUCCAUUUCCAAGUCACCACUGCUCUCCUUAGAAUGGGCCACCAAGCGGGACCGGCUGCUCUUGCUAGGCAGUGGCGUGGGGACGGUGCGUCUUUAUGACACCGAAGCCAAGAAGAAUCUCUGUGAAAUCAACAUCAACGAUGAUAUGCCCAGAAUCCUGUCUCUCGCGUGCAGCCCCAGUGGGGCCUCUUUCGUCUGUUCGGCUGCAGCUCCGAGCCUCCCCUCCCAGGCAGACUUCUCGGCUCCAGACAUUGGCAGCAAAGGCACGAACCAGGUUCCUGGCAGGCUGCUGCUGUGGGACACGAAAACCAUGAAGCAGCAGCUCCAGUUCUCCCUGGACCCAGAACCCAUUGCUAUCAACUGUACAGCCUUCAAUCACAACGGGAACCUGCUGGUCACAGGGGCAGCCGAUGGCAUCAUCCGGCUAUUCGACAUGCAGCAGCACGAGUGUGCCAUGAGCUGGCAGGCCCACUGCGGCGAGGUCUACUCCGUGGAGUUCAGCUACGACGAGAACACUGUGUACAGCAUCGGCGAGGAUGGGAAGUUCAUCCAGUGGAACAUCCACAAGAGCGGCCUGAAGGUGUCUGAGUAUGGCCUCCCCUCGGACGCCACAGGCCCCUUCGUGCUGUCUGGCUACAGCGGCUAUAAGCAGGUUCAGGUCCCCAGGGGUCGGCUCUUCGCUUUUGACUCAGAGGGCAAUUACAUGCUGACGUGUUCUGCCACAGGGGGCAUCAUCUACAAGCUCGGUGGUGAUGAGAAGGUUCUGGAGACCUGCUUGAGUCUGGGUGGCCACCGGGCCCCUGUGGUCACAGUGGACUGGAGCACUGCCAUGGACUGCGGGACCUGCCUCACCGCCUCCAUGGAUGGCAAGAUUAAGCUGACCACCCUCCUAGCCCAUAAAGUCUGACGAGCCUGCCCAAGGGACACCCCAAAGCAGUAUUGUCCUGGGGGGAGGCACAAGACAAAAAGGACGCUCCGCUCCCAGCUCCCUGCCAGUGCAGUGGCUCUUCAGGGAAAGACUAGCCAGGAGGCCAGGGCACUGCCCAGUCGCGGCAACUGGAGCGGGAACCACCUGGAGCAGGAGGCCCGGCUGUGCCAGACGCAUGCUCUCAGACUGAGAGGAAAGCUCAGGAAGGAGGAGAAACAUCAUGACAGCUGCUGUGUUGACCAGGAGAGAUGGACAGUGUUUUCUAUAUAUUUGCCCGUUUUCCUCCUUUUUUUAAAAAAGAAAAAAAGAAAAA